GCGGUCUUGGGUUGUCGGGUCUCGGCAAUUUCACCGCGCACUCUCUUCCAGUCUUCCGGUCUCGGAACCCUCCGCUGCGCAGCCAUGGCUCAGCACUUCUCCCUGGGCGCCUGCGACGUGGUGGGCUUCGACCUUGACCACACGCUGUGCCGCUAUAACCUGCCCGAGAGCGCCCGGCUCAUUUACAACAGCUUUGCUCAAUUCUUAGUCCAGGAGAAGGGGUAUGAUAAGGAGUUGCUCACUCUGACGCCCGAGGACUGGGAUUUCUGUUGCAAGGGUUUGGCGUUGGAUCUGGAAGAUGGGACCUUCAUUAAACUCGCAGCUGAUGGCACUGUGCUCAGGGCAAGCCACGGCACCAGGAUGAUGACUCCGGAGGCGCUGGCGGAGACCUAUGGCAAGAAGGACUGGAGGCACUGUGUGACAGACAAACACUGUGCAUCGAGCGUCGACAUCCCUUGCUGCUCAGGAAAGUGUUACUUCUAUGAUAACUACUUCGAUCUGCCCGGGGCUCUUCUGUGUGCCAGGGUGGUGGACUCCUUAACAAAGCAGAACAGAGGUCAAAAAACAUUUGAUUUUUGGAAGGAUGUAGUUGCUGGUAUACAACACAAUUUUAAAAUGUCAGCCUUUAAGGAAAAUUGUGGAUUCUUCUUUCCAGAAAUAAAAAGAAAUCUAGGCAAGUAUGUGUACCGCUGUCCUGAGUCUGUAAGAAGGUGGCUUCGACAGCUGAAGGAUGCUGGGAAAAUUACUAUGUUGAUCACCAGUUCUCACAGUGAUUACUGUAAACUUCUUGGCACUUAUAUCCUUGGGAAGGAUUUUGCAGACCUUUUUGACAUUGUGAUUACAAAUGCAUUAAAACCUGGAUUCUUCUCACAUUUCCCAAGCCAGAGGCCUUUCCACACACUCGAGAAUGAUGAGGAGCAAGAGGAGCUGCCCUCUCUGGAUAAACCUGGCUGGUACUCCCAAGGCAAUGCUGCCCACCUUUAUGAGCUUCUGAAGAAAAUGACCGGCAAGCCUGAACCCAAGGUCGUUUACUUUGGUGACAGCAUGCACUCAGAUAUUUUCCCAGCCCAUCACUAUAGUAACUGGGAGACAGUCCUCAUUCUCGAGGAGCUUCGGGAGCAGGACAUGGAGAAGGCUGAGGAAGCAGAGCCUCUGGAGAAGAGAGGAAAAUAUGAGGUACCGAAGGUAAAGCCUCUAUAUUCCUUAUCUAAUAAAUGGGGCUCAUAUUUUAUUGACUCAGUCUCCAGACGAGGGAAUGCAGAAGACUCCUUGGUUUAUACGUGGUCCUCGAGGAGAAUCAGCACAUACAGCACUAUUGCAAUUUCAAGCAUUGAGACAAUUGCAGAGUUACCCCUGGACUACAAAUUUACAAGAUUCUCUACAAACAACUCAAAGACAGCUGGUUACUAUCCACCGGUCCAUUAUACCUUGGGUUCUCAAGACACAGACAGCAAAAUAAUACUUACUGAAAAAUGAACCAACCAUAUGUGCAGCAGACAUAUUGCUAAAAAAUGAUAAAUUUCAAAAAAUGCAAACAAUUUAUAGGAACAAUUUUUCAAUGAAAAUUGACAAAAUGGGUACUUGCUAAUCUAUCUUUUUAAAAUAUAUAUAAUUUUAUAUAAAUCAUUUUAAUGUUUAACAGUUGUUAUAGAAAAAUUUUAGUGCCCUAAACUAAAAAAGAACAUGAAUUAAUAUUUUCUAUACUAGUAGUUUUGUGGAUUCUCCCAAGAUGAUAACAAACACAUGUGCAAGCAUAUAUUUAUAUAUCUACCUAGUCCAGCAGUUUCCAAAGCCUGGUUCACAGACUGAUACAGAGAAACCUAGGUCUUAAAAAUGCAAUUUUGAAUGCCUUGUUCCAAACCUAAAAUCAAAAACUUUAGGCGUAGGACCCAGCAAUGGCUUGUAAACAAGACUUCCAAUGAAUGUGAUUCUCAACUGUAAUUUGAGACCUAGUGAGUAAACCCUGUACUCCAAAAUAGAUUUGUUUGGAUAAAUACAGCUGAAUCUUUACAUCUCUCCUAUGUCCAUAUUAAAAAUGUAACCAGAAUUCAUAGUGAAUACCAGAGUCUAGUGAAACUCAAUUCUUUUUCCAAGCUAUCAAGCUUUUUGCUCUUUUCCCAAAAUACAUAAGUAAAAAGACAUGAUUUCUUCAAAUAGCAUAGCCUUACUUCUUAGUAAUUUCUCCCAUUAGGAAGAAGUUAAACUGACACCUAUUCAACUCAGUUGCAGCUUUGUCCUUGGGAAGAGAAAGUAACGGCUGAAAGAAGCACAAGUUUAUUCAUCCGCUCCAGGUCAGGGGAGGUGUUCUGUGCAGUUUUGAUUGGUUAUGUUAGUAACUUUGCUUCAGAUCAUGUUCACACAAGAUGUUUAGAUUCAGUUGAUAUUUUUGUAAGUUCCUGGGUCCCUUUUGGGGGUUAACCUCCCUGUCUAUAAUAGACAAGACUACAAAACAUUAUCAUUAUUUUUUCUUGGAAUUUAGCAUAUAAAUGCAUUGAAAAUCUAUUUUCUUAAAAUUUGUAAAUGUUCAUGAAUUCCAAAGUGUACUAUGAGGAUAGAUUUCUCAGGGUAAUUAAAAGGAUAACUUUUUUCUUUAUCAUCUGUAUCUUUAAUGUUGAUUGAUAAAUAUAUAUCGAUAUAUAUAUAUAUAUAUAGUGACGUAUUUGAUAUCCAAAAUGUCAUUUGAGUGUUAUAUUAAGCAUGCACAAUCAAGCUUAGGGCCAAAUGAAAGAUGCUAUCUAUUGUAGGCUUUAAGUAGAGA